CAAUACUUUGUUUCUCUCUCCCCAGUAUGUCAGUCGCCUCCAGAUGUCCUGCAUGGUGAGCGUACCCAAAGGGACAAGGACAUCUUUCAGCCUGGGCAGGAAGUGUUCUACAUCUGUGAGCCCGGCUAUGAUCUCAGAGGGGCUGCGUCUCUGCGCUGUACACCCCAGGGAGACUGGAGCCCUGCAGUCCCCAGAUGUGAAGUGAAAUCCUGUGAUGACUCCCUGGGCCAACUUCCUAAUGGUCGUGUGCUAUUUCCACGUAGUCUCCAGCUUGGAGCAAAAGUGGAUUUUGUUUGUGAUGAAGGAUUUCAAUUAAAAGGCAGCUCUGCUAGUUACUGUGUCUUGGCUGGAAUGGAAAGCCUUUGGAAUAGCAGUGUU